AUGCCCGGUCGUCUUCAAGGAAAAAUCGCCGUUAUAACAGGCAACAGCACUGGCAUUGGCCGCGCUAUAUCCCUGACCUUCUACCGCGAAGGCGCAACCGUGGUCUGCAGUGAUAUGAAGGAGGAUGCACCAGACGGAAGCACCACGCAUGGCCUGAUCACAAAGGAUGGAGGUAAAGCUAUCUUCAUUCAGUGCGACGUGACGAAGCCCAGUGAGGUAAAGAACCUCAUGAACACAGCCGUCAACGAGUUCGGAAGAAUCGACAUUCUGGUCUGUAAUGCUGGCAACAGUGGAAUUACCCGGGAGCAUAUGCCCGCGCCGAUCUGGGAGCUCGAUGACUCUGUGUGGGAGCGGACCAUGGGCGUGAAUGUGCACGGCGUAUUUCAAACGCUCAAAUAUGGGCUGCGUUAUAUGAUUAAUCAAGAGCCUGCAGCGGAUGGGAAGCGAGGACGGAUCAUCAACUUGGCAAGCAUUGUGGGGCUUGUUGGCACCAGGAACUCAUCGUCCUACGUUGCCUCGAAGCAUGCCGUCGCUGGCCUGACAAAGUCGGUUGCUCUUGAAGUUGCACCGUAUAAUAUCCAUUGCAAUGCAGUCUGUCCAGGAUUCGUCGAUACUGCAUUAGUCGCGGGGUUGAAAGAGAAUGAUGCAGCAUGGCAGCUGAUUAAUAACCUUCACCCCUUGGGAGGCAUAGGCAAGGCCCAGGACAUCGCGAAUAUGAUUCUGUUCAUGGCGUCAGAAGAAAAUACUUGGAUGACUGGCGCAUGCGUUCCUGUUGAUGGCGGUUACACUGCGCAGUAGACUUGUGGCCACUACGGCGAUAGCGGGCUUCGUUCUUCCAUCAAAAUUACGACAUAUCAGCCUAUCAGAAUAUUCUGAGAUACUAGAAAAUGAACUAAAUAGGAUGAUCGUCCAGUCAGUGGAUAAACGGCAAGUCUCCUGGUUCGAAUCUCUCAGCUUUAGCCAGUCCUGAAUAUCAGUCAACGUGGUUCUUCGAAAUAGUUGGUCCAGAACACAAGGCGAGCACAUAUGCACGAGACAAUUCGAGACAAAGACAGGGACGACUCAACCUGCGUGAAGUCAACCGAACAACCGGGAAGCGAUAAUUACAUUUUCGAUAAAGUCGAAC